GCGCUACGGGACACGAGCAGAUCAAGGGUCACAUCACACAGUCACAGGUCAUGGCAGGGAUGCUGGAGCUCGUUCUGUCUUUUCCUGUACUAAUUUUGCUACUGAGUGUGGUCAUACUAGGAAUUCUGAUGAUGUAUAUUGUCUUGUUCGUCACAACGCAGAGAGAACCAGAUUUGUGGCGUCAUGACAGUGAAAUGUAUUUUUCGACUGGAAAUGGUGAAGAACGAGCGCCAUUUCCAAGCCUAGACGACCCUGCGUCCGUCUCUUUGUCUCUCAUCGUGCCAGCAUACAAUGAGAAGGAUAGAUUACCUAUCAUGCUUGACGAGGCUCUUUUUUUUCUUGAAGAACGCUUGAAGGAAGAUUCUAGUUUUUCUUAUGAAGUUAUAGUAGUCGAUGAUGGUAGCAGAGAUUCUACAUCAGAGGUAGUAAUUGAGUAUUCAAAACGUUAUGGAAGUAACAAAGUACGUCUACUGAAGUUCGUCAAGAAUCGUGGAAAGGGUGGUGCAGUUCGUAUGGGUAUGUUGAGCAGUCGUGGCUCAAGACUAUUGUUUGCAGAUGCAGAUGGUGCAACAAGAAUUGAAGACCUAACGAAGCUAGAAGAUGCAUUGUCAAAAGAUGCUCCAGAUCAUGAUGUCGCAGCUAUCUCUGUAGGCUCACGUGCUCAUCUCCAGGAUGAUGCAGUGGCCGAGCGAACAUUCUUCCGAAAUUUCUUGAUGUUUGGGUUUCACUUCUUGGUUUGGUUCUUUUGUGUGAGAGGCAUCAAAGACACACAGUGUGGCUUCAAGAUGUUCACAAGGGCAGCAGCAAGACCCUUAUUCAACAGCAUUCAUGUCAAUCGAUGGGCAUUUGAUGUCGAACUCUUACUGAUAGCACAAAAACUGAACUUGCCCAUUUCUGAGGUGGCAGUCAAUUGGCAUGAGGUGGAAGGUUCCAAACUGGUACCGUUCUGGAGCUGGCUGCAGAUGGCCAAAGACCUGCUGCUUAUAAGUUUUCGAUAUUUGUUUCGCAUAUGGACUGUCUCUCCAGGGACAAAGAGCAAAACGGAUUGACGUAUUGAUGACUCUAACUUAACCUUUUUUGUAUAUGUUGCGAAAAUGUAAGUUGUGGUCAUUGGGCGUUGCCAAUUAUGUCUGCAAUUAGAAUGAAAGCCACAACAAUCAUCAAGUAAUAGGCCUUCGCGGAA